AUGAGAGCUUCGCGACUCUCGGCGCUGCAUGAAACAGACGCAGAGAAGGCUUUCUUCGUCGCAGAUCUGAGUUACGUCUAUAAACAGCAUGAAAGGUGGAAGAAAUGGCUACCUGGUGUUGAGCCAUUUUACGCGGUCAAAUGCAACCCCGACCCAUACGUUCUGCGUCUUCUGGCGGCGCUAGGCACUGGGUUUGACUGUGCUUCGAACAACGAAAUUUCCCGCGUCCUGGAUUUGGGCACCGUCGAUCCUUCUCGUAUUAUUUUUGCCAACCCAUGCAAGGCACUGUCCUUUAUUCGCAGCGCUGCAAAGGCGGGGGUCGAAAUGAUGACCUUCGACAAUGCCGAUGAGCUCCAUAAGAUUGCGCGUACGCAUCCACGUGCCAAGCUUGUCGUACGAAUUCUCACGGAUGAUUCGAAGAGUUUGUGUGCCCUCGGGACUAAGUACGGAGCGCCGCUCGUCACGGUCCCAGGUCUCCUAGCCAAGGCUCGUCAGCUGAACCUCGACGUUAUCGGUGUAAGCUUCCAUGUCGGAAGCGGCUGCUACGACACAUCAGCAUUCUCAGAUGCGAUCAUGCGUGCCCGGAUGACAUUCAAUAUGGGCAAGGAGGCUGGGUAUGAAUUUACCCUACUCGAUGUCGGAGGAGGUUUUGAGGACUCGACCUUCGAAUUGAGCGCGAAGGUCCUUUCUGACUCGAUUGAGCAUUAUUUUCCAAACCGCGACUCGAUCAGAAUUAUUGCAGAGCCGGGUCGCUUCUACGUGUCGGAGGCCUAUCAUCUGGCAGCAAACGUUAUUGCGAGGCGUGCUCCCCUGGAUGACGGGAAUAAUGAGGCCCACUCCGCCAUUUCCGAAGACUCCAACACACCGGCUGUGAUGUAUUAUAUCAACGACGGCGUUUACGGUUCGUUCAACUGCAUUCUAUUCGAUCAUCAGAUCGUGCAUCCAAAGGUGCUUUCCCUAGGCGGCUCUUUCCACGUUCCGUCUUCGGAGCCACUUCGCACGAGCAGCGUAUGGGGUCCGACUUGUGAUUCAAUUGACUGUGUCUGUCCAGUAACUCAGCUGCCCGAAAGCCUGUCUGUGGGCGACUGGUUAGUAUUUGAGAACAUGGGUGCAUAUACAGUGUGUGCAGCGAGUCAGUUCAACGGGUUUGAAGUCAGCAACGUCAUAUACACAUCGGGAGGUGGACCAGGGUCGUCUGAAGUUCGUCGCGUACUCGCGGGGUCUUCCGUAAUCCCGUCGGCCGGCGGUAGCGCGAUCGGAGUCGACGGAAAAGCCGCAUGA